UAAUUCAGCUAAAAUUAACCUUUUUCUGUCAGAAAUGGACAUCAAUAGAAAUUUCACGGACCUCAUUUGCCCUUUGUUUUCCGCAAAGCGCAUAUAUCGUGGCCCUGCAUGAGCUGUUAUCCCUGCACUGAGAAAUUCGGAGUUCGAAGCUCGUCUCGGGACACUGUAUGUGAUUCGAUCACAUAGAUCUGAUAAAGCACACAUAUUUAUGGGUAAGGGAAACAAGAGAACACUUUUAAGUGACGAUGCCACAGACUUCGUAGCGACCAUGGAUGUCCGCAAAAAACCAAAACAUGCGCGUGGAAGUGAUCACGUGACAACCACAAGCCCUAUCAGUGGUCACAUGAUCUGUAGACGCUAAAAUGGCGAAUUGGAGAGAAGAGGUCCUUUUGGAAGGUGAAUUUCGAGUUUCAUCAAAGAAGCGGGUACUUUUCAAAGUAACUCUCACUCCAGUAGGACUUUACUACAGUCCAAUUACCAGUAGUAAUCAAUAUGAGGAAAAGCUGGUGCGCAUGAGCGACAUCGUAGGUUGUCAGUGCACCGAGUCAAGUUCCACUCCUUCCAAAUUGCAAUCGGAUAGUAUAGUAGCAGCGUUCACAGUCUUUGCGUACCCUUUUCGAAAGAAAGUAUUCACCGGUAAAAGAAUACGACAUCGUCAAGUCACAACAUUUGAAAUAAGUACCUGCAAAUCGUUUGAAGAGAACUGGAAAAUAUGUAGGAAGUGGCGAAGUGUGAUCUGCAGUUUAGCAAGGGACAUUCCAGUGCGUCCAGAGGAUGUUGAUACAUGUACUCCACCACCCCGUGGCAGGCUCCUGGUCUUUGUCAACCCUUCUAGUGGCUCUGGUCGUGCCCUGCAGACUUUCAAAAAUGAAGUUGUGAAUAUGCUGGAGGAAGCCAACAUCCCUUUCAAGCUUGUUGUUACUGAAUAUGCUGGUCAUGCCCAGGAUAUGGUUCAGAAUCUGGAGCUUUCAGACUGGGGUGGGUUGGUCAUUGUAUCAGGAGAUGGAUUGAUAUUUGAGGUGAUCAAUGGAUUGAUGAAGCGGGUUGAUUGGAGUUCAGCCAUCAAGACACCAGUAGGCUGUGUGCCAGGUGGUUCUGGAAAUGCAUUGGCCUGUUCCAUCAACUAUUCUGCAGGGGAACCAGUUGAUGUGGAUGCUGCCCUUCAUUCAACGUUUAUAUUGGUCAAACAUCGAGUCCUGCCCAUGGACCUUGUUCUCAUACAAACUCCAACCCAUCAGUAUUUUUCCUUCCUCUCUGUUACAUGGGGAAUAGUUGCUGACAUCGACUUUGAAUCUGAGAAAUAUCGCAACCUUGGAGAAGCUCGUUUUACGUUUGGAGCCAUAAAGAGAAUUGCAAAUCUCCGAUCCUACCAAGGCCGCCUGUCAUUCCUUCCUGUAGCUCAGUACACCCCUAAAACACCUACCAAGCCGAGGACAUUAGUAAAGCUACGGAGGUUUUCUUCUGCGCAGUUCUGGUAUGUGUCCUCAGCUAAACAGGACCCUCAAAGCAAUGCAGACACCAGUGUGCCUGAGAACAACAAUGCAUCUGAACAAGAAAAUGGAGAACUGGAUUUCAAUGUAACUGCAAAUAAUGCUGCUGUAUGUCAAGGUGAUGAAGAGAAAGAAGAAUGGAUAUCGACCUCUAUGGGAGCAGCAGAUUCCAAUAGCUUAAAAGCUCCUGACAGUACCCAUUUUCAGAACCUAGAAGGUCAGCAACAACUUGCACAUCAAUCAGAACCUGAAGGCUCAUUUCCCAAAGAAAUGUCUGAAGGAUUCUCUGAAGUCCAGGAAGCAGAUAUUGAGGAAGAGACAUUUUAUGCCAAAAAGAAAGCUGGACAGGCUGUUCCAGCAACACUGCUGCCGCCCCUUGUUGAACCAGUGCCUGAAAAUUGGGUGGUGGUUGAAGACAAGUUCGUGCUUGCUUGUGCUUUGUAUCAGACACAUCUAGGCAGUGAGAUGCUGGGAGCCCCAGCUGCUCAUAUGGCUGAUGGGGUCAUUCAUCUUAUGUUUGUUCGGGAAGGGAUUACUCGCAACCAACUAUUCAGUCUUUUUCUUACAUUCAGUGAAGGAGGUCAUGUUGAUUCACCAUACGUGGAAUUUGUUCCUGUCCUGGCUUUCCGAUUAGAACCUUAUGAGACUAGUGGCAACAUUAUGAUUGAUGGUGAGCGACUUGACCCCAUGCCCUUACAAGGUCAGGUGCUGCCUAGUAUUGCACGAAUCAUGGGAAUAAAGUAAAAUUAUUUUUAAGGUGAAGUAUAUAAAGUGGAAAUGGUACAGAAAUUAAAUAUGUAUAAUAUUCAUUCAUAUCAUUAUUUUUGAACUAGUAUGCUUACUUUUAUUUCAUUUACAUCACAAUCCAAAAUCUGUGCAGCAAAAAUAUUUAACUUCAAGCUGUAGACAGAAAAAUAAUAAUAUCCAUCAUGUAAUUAAAUACUUUUUUAAUGGCACCAAGAGUGAAUGUUUCCAGACUAGAGAAAUAAUAUGAGAUGUUUGUCUUGUUGUCAUGACAUGAGAACUAACACCUGCUGAAAUUUUGAAAGCACAAACUGCACAAAUCUACAACACUGUUCCUCGUGCAUCUCAAUGUGGAGAAAAUCUGAAAUUGUGUAAAUGGUGAUUCAGAAUCUUGUGUGAGAGAAAAGGUUAUUGCCAUUGUUUCCUGAUCAGUAUCACCACAAACUUCCCAUCACAAAAUAUGCAUGAAAUAAAGUUUCAAUGAAGGAAAAUAAACUUUGAUUAAUAAAUAGUGUUACUUAACCAAAAUAAUAGAAUCUCAUGAAAGCAAUGGAAAAUUAAGUAGUCAGUAGAAAGGGACAAGGCAGUGUAUGGUGCAGUAUUUGAGAGAUGUGAGAGUGUGAAUGUCCACCUCUGGACAUGUUUUGUGUCCACUCUGUUGAUAUGCACUCAGUGCAUAUUGUGAUCUGCAUAUCACUUGUCACAGCAAGCUUACUAUGUGUGACUGGUUCUGAAAAUAUACUUACUAGGCAGCAGUACAAUAUUGUGUCUGUGAUGUCUUAUAUUGUCUUCUUGAGGAAGACUGGACAAAGGGUGAAAAAAAAAGCUUGACUGAGAAGCAUAACAUUUUUUAAAGCUAUGGAAACUCAGGUCCCUUAAUGUGUAAACCUUUGUGAGCUAAGCAGCUAGACAAAAUGACCUUUUAUUGACAUGGUUACCACUAAGCUUAGUGAAUACAAAGCACAUUUCUGGUGUAAAUUUUAGUAAAAUUAAUAUACUUGGAAUAAGUACUACUUAUGUGAUAAAACCUUGUGAAAAUCAAGUGUGUCAUUGUUUUUUUAUGUUGUUAUUUAAAAAAAACUAUGCUACGUUUACCAAUAUAUAAAGUAAUGUACCUAUAAUCUGUUAUAAUCUUUUGAUUUAUAAAGUUUAUUUUAUAUCGUCAGAAGUGCACACAAUUUUUCUUUUUUUGCUCCGAUCUAUUGUGUCCAGCAUGACUGCUCAGUUCAUUCUCAAUGCUGAUGAUUGUACUGACCUAUGCUGUCUCACAAGGACCUUGGUUUAGCCUAUUUCACUCUUUGUCAUUCGUGUGCACCUGUGAGUAGAAUACAUUAUUAAACAUUCCUGAUGCAUGCUAUCAUAUCCACACACAUAGAUAUGCACAGUCCUUUUUUAAUGCUGAUCUUCCUCUGCAAUUGCUGCACAUGCAGACAGUGCUGUCUGGGAGAGGGGUGGUGGUUUUUCGGUUAGUUUUUUUUAUUUGUUGUUGUUUUGCUGUUAGUGCAUAUAUAUAUGUUUGCUGAGUCAUUAUGUGUGUUGUGCUUUUUUCCCCACAUAUUUUGCCUUUCUUUGGUAAAGUGCUUUAAGCACUUCUGUUAAGAAGGGAAAUGUGCUAUUUAAAAUCCUCUUAUUAUUAGUACAUUUAGCUUGUGAGAGUUAUUUGAAAUUACGACUUUGUAGUGCCAUGAACUAAUGGAAAUAUUGAGUUUUGCAGGGUAGGUUCUGAAUGCUUAGCACAGAGAGACAGAUUUUGACAAAUAUUUAUGUGUGAGGGUAAACAGAAUAAGCAAAAGUUGUGCUUUUUAAAUUCUAGCAUUCGAUCUAAGCAGAAGAAACUGAAGCACUACAUUAUUAUAAAACAAAGGCAUUAAAAUUGCAAGGGAGAAAAAUUAGAAUUGGUACAAAGAUGGAGGUUGAUAUCUAAAUUGACAGGAUUAACAUUUUCUUGACUAAUGGAUAAGUAACAUGGUACAAGUUCAUUUUGUCAAAGUGAGUAAUAGGUCAGAGAGAGUACAAAUAUGACUAUAAAUAUUCUAUGAAAUAGAUCCAUGCUUCCUGUGGUGUGUGGUUAGAUGCAAGAAGAACAUUUAAAAAAUUGGAAUGUCACUUAUUAGGAAAUUGUAAAGGUUUCAUUUGUCUGAGGAUACAGAAAAGAGCAGAAUGUUAUCAGAGUUUUAUGCAGAGAAGGAAGAGACAGAAAAAUGUGCUCAUCGAUAUAAUUAAGACUUCUGUAACAGUGUUACUUUUCUGGUGCAACCUAUGUACAUUCUUUCAAGUUUGAAAAUGCUAUCAGAUAGCCAUAUCUGUAGGUCUGUGAAGUUGAAACAUUUCUAAUAAAACAGUUUAGUGAACCAUUGUAAAUUAUUAAAUUAGAGAUUUACACAUAAAAGGCAUGCAAAGAAGAGUUUCAUUGGGUUCAAUCAUUUCUGACAGAUACGAAGUUAUGGAACAUCAAAACCUCAUGAGCAUGUUUGUAAGUUCACCACUGUAGACCGACUGUGCACCUUGCACAUGACUGAUAUGUCAUAGUUGUCUUAUCUGAAUUAAAACAUUUUAUUAAUAGUUGUUUACUGUGUAAUGUUGAGUGCUACUGUGUUAUUGGACCCAGAUCAAAUGCUAGAUUUUGACUAGGCGAUACGCAGAGAUUUUUUCCUAAAUAGCACCUCAAAAGGAGCAGGUCAAAUUUUUAAAUGGUGAGGUUACCACUUAAAGUGACAGAUCAAUGUACCAUUUGUCUCUUAUAUAGUAAUAGAUGCUUCUAAGUAAAUAUAAAUGACAAAGUAUUUUGUCUCCUAAUCAGAAGAAUAGUAUCACUUAUAGAAGAUAAUGUAAGAGUUCAUUUUGUUCAGUGAAUGAAAUAUGCAUUAUGCAGCGGAAUAAUGCAGUUUUUUAGGUAAAGUUGUAAAGGUACAAAUAAAUAAGAAAGAAGUUAUUAUCAAUAAAGAAAUUUUAGAAGGUGCUAGAAUUUAUUAUCUGUGCUUGGCAUUUGUAAAACCAGGUGUCAGUAUGAUAAGUUUGCACUUUGCCUUCCUUAAUAAGCAGUAUCGUUAAAAAUGAAGGUAGAAUACACACUGUAUUAUUCUGUUCACAUUUUCUCUAGUACUAGUAUUUUUGAAUGCCUAAUUCAUUCUACUUAUUUAAGAAUUCAAUAUAACUGUAAGUAGUUAUAUUUACUAUUGCACAAAUUUAUAAAAAAUCUUACAGCUGUCUCAGUUUUUGAAAAUGUAAAAACAAACUUGUAUCUUUAUUUUAUAUGCUUUAAAUUUCACUGUUAAUUUUUACUAAUCGGAUUCCUAAAGUAAACAUAUUUUUUAAAAAAAUAUAUGAACAGUUGAACAAAUCAUUUAUACUGUUUUUAAUACUUAUAUAACUGACUGAACUUAAUGAUCUAGAAAAACAUUUUGGUGACAUACGUGAUUAUUGCAUAAACCUCAUGUCACAGAUACUUUUUUUCUUUUUAGACCUGCAUGCUUUGUUCCUGGCUGCUUUAUAUCUUCAUUUAUGUUUGCAUUUUGUACCUUGCUGCAUUGCUCUUUGAGCUUCUGUCCCGAGUGUUUUUACUCUCAUAAUAAAAUAUCCUUCGAGGCAGGAUGGGAUUAGGGAAAACGGCUAAAAUAUUUAAUGAGCCAAGCAAUAUUUUGGCUGUUAACAACAUUGGUUGUGUACUUAAAGUUUGAGUUCUAUAUAUAUAUAUAGUUGAAUCUUUUUUGCCUUGUAUGGUAGUCUUCAACUGAUUCAAAUUUUGUGAUUAUAACACACGAAACAGGAAUUUUACUGUGUAAUCUGAACAAGUAUUGCAUGAACCAGCAAUGACAAGAUUACUGAUCAGAUGUUUAUUACCACAGACCUUUUGUCGUUUUAUCGAUUGCUCACUUGCUUACCCUGUUUAAAACAGGUUUCUGUGGCAAGGCUUGUCAGUUACCUAAAUCCAAAUCCUCCCACCUCCCUGACCAGUACUGGUGGACCAGCAUAGCUAGUGGGCUAGUACAGUCUUGGGUGUGAAAGAAUGCUUUGUUGAGGAUUGUUUUUUUCUUUCUUUAUUUAGACAAUUUUUUUACAUUUCCUGGUGAGUUAUUACAGAAUCUAUGGAAUAUUUUGGUAAUUAAAACUGCAUCUGAACCUUUGUUUUUGUUUGCAACUAUGGUGUGCGAUAAAAAAAAUCUGUGGAUUUUUAUUGGCAUAAUCUGCCAGCAAAUGGUGACCAUUCUGUCCUUAACACAUGCAUACAUACAUCCAAACAUGAUGUAUAGAGUCAAAACACUUGAAAAAAAGAAGCCCAACCAAAUUUCUUUAGACAGGUCAACUACAACAGUAUAGUGACCCUCUAGUAAGGUUAUUCAGCAUAUUUUGUCAACAAAGAUAAACAUCGAAAAGAAACAUGAUAAAAACUUUUUUUCCAUAGCUGGUCAGCAGUCAUGAACGUUUUUUUUUAAAUCUUGCAUGAACAAUAAAACUGGUAAAAAUGUGUAUGUGUUGGAUGCCAAUUUUCUUUUAUAAUUACACUGUAAAAAUGAAGUUAUGCAUAAUAGGUUUUACAAACAUAUUUUCAAAUGUUUUGCAAUCAUGCAUAUCUAAAUAAAGAACAAAGAGCAGUGAGCUUAACAAAGGGCUAAAGUUUGGUAUGUCAUUAAGACUGAAAGACAAGAAUAACCAUUUAAGGACAACAUUUUUUGUUGUUCUUCCCUUUCUUUCCAUUUCUUUCUCAUACACACACACACAUAUGUGUGCACACGCAAGCAAACCUAUUCCUCUCUCAUAGCAUGCCCAGUGUUCCCUAGUCCAAAUGAAUACAGUCCAAAUACAGCCGAACUUCUAUAAGUCAAAGCUUCAAGGGACCGAAGAAAAAAAUUCAAGCUACAGAAGUUUGUCAAAAAAAGAACAUCUUUUUACUGUGGACUUAUUUCUGCAUGUGCUCGUGCAUCAUUGUUCCCAGCAAAAUAGCCUGUUAUCGAAGACAAUUUCUCUUCAUUUCUUUUAAAAUAAACGAGUGGAGGACAGAGAGUGAGUCAAAAAUUUUUGUAACUCUUUUAAAGACCCUAUGGCACCUUGUGGAGAAGGAGUUGCCUUUAUCACAUACUUUUCCUCUACAGAAAGGAGAAUAUGGGAGCACAGUGUCGAUGCGGGAGGAGUACAAGAUUUUAUGGUUUCUCACGUAUUUUCAAAUGGUUUCAACAUGCUGACUGGCUUAAAAUUAUUUUGAGUUGUGGAAGUUUUUGGCUAGGCCAAUUCAAGCUACGGAAGUUGAAUAUGCAUUGCUUUAAUUGGAAACCAACCAAAUGUUUAAAAUUCGAGUUAGGGAGAAUUUCAACUUAUGGAAGAUCAACUUAUUUAAGUUCGACUGUAUAUUUUAUUCAAGUGGGAUGAGUAAUUAAGCAGCUGCAACAACUAUUGAGUAAAUUGUGGACAUAGGAACAAACAGAAAGGCAAGGUUCUCUCUUAUACUUUCUCAUGCAUGCAUGUGUGUACAUAGACACUAACAUGCAUGUUUGUGCACACACACUCUCUCUCUCUCUAUUUAGGCCCAUCAUAAAGGCAGGCUUAAAGAACUUUACAAAAACAAGAAGAGACAAUAAUAAUAGCUGCUAAGGAACAAGAAUGUCAAUUUUGGGACUUAGGAAAUAUGAGUUAUCACAAUGAAGUUAACAAUCUACAAGCAGAAUAAACAUAUUUCUCAUCAGGUGUGCAGUUGACACACAGAGAAUCUAAACACUCAGCUGAAAAUGUAACAACAAAGCACACAGCCCAAAAGUAGGAAAAUUGCGGAGCAAUGUAGACCUAUAUAUAUAUAUGUGUGUGUGUGAAUAAAUAAGAACACAUGCCCGUACGCAACUGGAGGGAUGUAAGGAAAAGAUGGGUCAGAGAUAGGAGUAAUGUUCACUAAUUAUACUUUUGAAGGCACUCCCAAAAUCCUAUUCUGUGUGCAUGCUCCCAACCACAACCACAACAAUGUUUCAAAGUUUUAUAAAUUAUGCCAAAAUAAUGCAUGGUCAGCAAAAUAUGGCUACAGGGUGCAUGAGAUGAACUGCUCUAACAAAUGGACAUGGAUUUGGCACAGCAAUCUAAAGCAGAAAUGUAACAUUGUGGAUAACUUGUUUACAAAGAAACUCUAUUGAAACCUACAAGGUAGUCAAAUCAUGCCAUGAGUUUACUGUUACAUAUCACAACCAUACAGUAUCACUUUUAUUUAUAUAAUAUACAAAAAUACUUUGUAUAAAUGAAAUGAUUACAUUUACUGAACAAGUGUUAAAAAAAGGUGUUUAUGUCAUUCAGCAGUAUUUACAGUUUGAUGGGCAAUUCAGUGGCUAACACCAUUUAAAAGGGGAAACUAAAAGAAAUAAUGCCUGUAAGCAAUAUGUGUAACCCUUAACCCAUUUCUACAAUCUUGCAAUCCUUCUGACUCAAGCAUAAAUAUAUUGGUAGUGAUGCCAUAGUACAUCAUAAGCAUCUCCUUGUGUUUAUUCUUCUAAUUUUUUAAGAAAAGAACAAAAAAUUUUAAAGAACACACAAGCAUAUGUAAUACAUCAGGAACUGUGUUCAAUUUUUUUAAAAUUCAAUCCCACAUGUGAACUGACAGAAGGAUAAUUCUGAAUUUAAGGAAGGAUUUGCUUGUCAGUUUUCUAGUUCCUGGCAUGUAACUUUUACAUGAACUAAUUGCACUUCAGACAGAGCCAGAUUCUGACAGUCAUUGUUCAUAAAUGAUUAAAAACAUUAAAAGACUCAGGACCAUAAACAAAAGACUUUGGAAGACAGGAACAUAAGUCUUUGUACAUAUAUAUAUAUCAAAGUAAAUAUAAGUACCACAAAAAACAGUCAAAUGUUGACAUCAUUUGUCAUAUAGCAAAAGAUACUAUGACAUACCUGUAUUAAUUGCUGUAUAAACAAUGCCAAAAUAUGCUAACUUAUAAAGCUCAUUAUUAUGUUUCAUUUACAAAUACAAGCACAAACAUACUAACACUUAAAUGCAUUUGAACUACAAAGGAAAAAAGACAACAUAAAACAAAUAUUUCAGAAUUCUGCUAUAAAAUAUCUAGAUUUCUAAAGACAUACAAAUAUAGCUGUGAAUAUGGCUGAGAAUAUUAAAGCCAGAAUAUGCAUGCAUAGUCUUCUAUUCCUCUUUAUUCCAAAAAAUCAGAUGCAGUUUUAAAAUGAGCAAAAAUAUUUAAUGGCCAGAGGUGUAAGAUAAAUUCAAAUAAGCAAAAUUAAUUAUAUAGUGAAAUUUACUUAUUAAAUCUUUAAUUCUUAAAUUUAUGAAAAGAGGGAACUAUUAAUGCGUUUCAAAAAUAUGUUUUAAAAAGGAAAUAAAAGUAAAGACCUUAUAAACUAUUACUAAAGCAGACUGCAUUGUGCUGAAUAUUUUUCGAUGGUAAGACUGAAAGCACAUUCCCUAUUUAAAGCUGGCUGUUUUGUUGUUUUUUUAUGGUUAUAAGUAUUUUGUAGAAAGGUAAUGGAAAAUUAAAUAAUUUAUUCCUGUUAUUCUUAGUAGAUAACAGAAAUCUGAAUUCAUAGUGGGAUAUAAAAUUUCUUGAAGGACUGACCACAAAAAAAA